UUGUAUUUUGAACUGAACAAGUGGUCCUUUGAAACGAUUUGCUAUGUGCUUUAUGACAAACGUUUUGGACUCUUGCAAGACAGCAUCAGCAACGAGGCCAUGGAUUUCAUCACUUCAGUAAAGACGAUGAUGGGCACCUUUGGAUUGAUGAUGGUGACUCCCGUGGAGCUCCACAAGACCUUCAAUACGAAAACGUGGCAAGAUCACACAGCGGCCUGGGACCGUAUUUUUAGCACAGCAGAUCCAUGCACACAGCAAGAGAGAGAGAGAGUGAACCGCAGUAGUAACCGCAGUGACCUAAGUGCAUGAGAAUCCAGCCAAAUAUUUGUAGUAGCAGGAGCGGAGGGAGGGAGGGAGGAAUGUUGGCGUGAGGCUGAAUUACUCACAGUUUGUUGUGCUGCUGUUGCUCCAUUAGCGGCGGCUCACUCGCAGCACCUGUCACACAUUCACAAACACUUCACUUUCCCUGCAGCUAAACAACAGCAGCACGUGCUGUACCUGACUAGUAGUAGGGCGUUCCACACGUAGGCCUACCAUUAAGACAAAAGUGGUAAU